CGUCAACCUCGUUUCUGUCAAAAGCCCAAGUUACGUAGAUCAGCAUGUAAAGAAGUAUGUUGAGAUAUAAUUUCUGGUUGCUUUAGCGCAUGCCAUGCCAUGAAAGUAUCGAGCAAGCGUGCGAUUCUUGGGAUUUGUAUAUUUUGAGAUGGUGUAUCGAAAGGGGGUUGAUGCUAUCAUCUGUCGCGAAAUCGUUUGUCCGAUGCAGCUCCGUACUUGCUUAUCCGAUAAUUGGCGUCAAGUGCUGCACGCCAUCAGUAUUUUCUUACAUGAGCUAUCUCAGCAUGCUGUUUGUUUCUUCUUAAUAACCAUUCUUCCCCUGGACCUACAUGAGCUGUCUACUUCACAUGCAGUGUGUGUGGUAAGGAUUUGUAA